AUUUCUCUUGAGAUAAUUUUGUUUUUGGAUGUUAUUGCAAACGUAAAUAUUAUUUUCUAAGCUUCUUCAAAUUUUAGCUAGCUCGUGUAAUUUUGAGACAACUUUUUCGAGUUAAUUUAUUUGAACGUCUGCAUAACUGGCAACACUGCCACAACCGUGUUUGUACUUUGCGCGGCAAAGCAGCAAAUUAAAAUUGUUGUUCAGAAACAAACAUCGCCCUUUGCAGCCUCCAAGAUGGAUAAGAAAGUAAAGCAAGAGAUCAAGACUGAAGAAACGGAAACGAAACAGCUCACCAUAAACAGUUUGGAAAGUCUCGGGCCGUACAUUUUGGAGCAGGAUAAUGCGAAAAACUUCGUCUACGUUUCCGAUGUGCCGCAGCUCUGCAAGGAUGAGCCCUGUAUGCUUGGGGUGGAUGAAGCUGGCCGUGGACCAGUGCUCGGUCCAAUGGUGUACGGCAUUGCGUUCUGUCCUCUGUCGAAAAAGGACGUCCUGAAGCAGCUUGGCUUUGCCGAUUCCAAGCAGCUUACGGAGGAGAAGCGUGAUCAAAUAUUCGAUGAAAUGAACCGGAAAGACUAUGCGGUGGAAUCGCUUGGUUGGGCCGUUGAAGCCAUUUCACCCAACGUGAUCUCGAUGAGUAUGCUCAGGAGAACGAAACAUUCGCUCAACGAAGUGUCCAUGGAUUCGGCGAUUGGGCUGAUCAACGCUGCGAUCGAGGCCGGUGUGAACAUUGCCGAGGUGUACGUAGACACCGUGGGUCCGCCGGAAAAGUAUCAAGCCAAGCUGAAAGCCAUCUUUCCCAAGUUUAAAAUAACAGUCGCUAAGAAAGCCGACAGCACGUACCCGAUCGUAUCGGCGGCCAGUAUUGCUGCGAAAGUAACGCGUGACCAUGCGCUGAAGGUGUGGAAAUUCCGUGAACGACCAAAUGAGGAGGUAAACUCUUUCGGCAGCGGAUAUCCGGGUGAUCCGACGACGAAACAGUUUUUGGGUGAAAUUGAUCUCGUGUUUGGAUUUCCACGGUUGGUCCGAUUCAGCUGGUCGACGGCGAGCAAUGCGCUCGAAAAGAAGGCCUACGAUAUGGAGUUCGAGGAAGAGCCGGACGAGAAGGCUACGCAAAAGGCUACGUAUGGCAGUGAGAAGCUGUCGAAGUAUUUUUCGGCAUCCAAAAACGAAAACCGGAAGCGACACGAGUACUUUCGGGACCGAUGCUUGGAGCAUGUGUCUGAGAUUUAGGUAAAUUAUGUUUUCUGUCCAAUAAAUGUUAGCGUUGCGUUGAACCAAAUUGUAAUCGAA